UAGCCGCAGCAGCUAAACACCAGACAUGAGCGGACAUGAACUUUAGCAUGCAGUUAGCUCACAACUUCACUGAGAGUUAAAAAAAGACAAGCUAAACUCAGGCGGCUGCAGCUUCCCUUCAGUCGGAGGAAAUAAGGAAGUGAGCAGCUGACGGACCUCCAGUGGUUUUCCGCCGGGCAAGAGAAAUGGUGCCCAGAUGUUGACUCGGAGCAGCAACCAGGAUCUUGACUUUCUACGUCAGUACGCCUUCUCUCUUCAACCUCAACACAAACUGUAGCAGCACAGACACACGUAGCUGUUAUCACAAACUCCAACAGACACUCCACUUUAUCACGGGGCUCCCAGACGCCGGUCAUAUAGUGACGGUCAUACACUGAUACCGGGCUACUUCCUGCUUUGCUAUCUGGGGAGGAGCCACCUGAAGCAGCCAUGUUUUAUAGAAGUAUGUGAUGUCCAGGACCUGUGACGGAGCAGGUGUAGUGGCAGGAGAAGGAGAAGGAGAAGGAGCAGGAGAAGGAGAAGGAGAAGGAGCAGGAGAAGGAGAAGGAGAAGGAGAAGGAGAAGGAGAAAGAGAAGCAUUAGAACGGGGGCGGAGCCACAGAGACGUUCCUCGGUUUGUGAUUGGCUGUGGGGAUGACGAGCAGGACAUGGGUCAAAUGGAGGCAGGCAUGAAGAACGAGAUGUUUCGAGAAGAGGAUAUGGAAGGCGAUGACGACGAGUCGCCACCGGAGCGACAGAUCUUGGUCGGCAUCUGUGCCAUGGUGAAGAAAUCCAAAUCAAAGCCGAUGACUCAGAUCCUGGAGCGGCUUUGUAAGUUUGACUACAUCGACAUGGUCAUCUUUCCAGAGGAGGUGAUCCUGGAGGAGCCGGUGGAGAACUGGCCGCUCUGCGACUGCCUCAUCUCCUUCCACUCCAAAGGUUUCCCUCUGGACAAAGCUGUGGAGUACGCCAAGCUCAGGAAUCCACUGCUCCUCAAUGACCUCAACAUGCAGUAUUUCAUCCAGGACAGGAGGGAAGUUUACAGGAUACUAAAGGAAGAGGGCAUCGACCUCCCUCGUUACGGCGUAUUGAACAGAGACCCUGACAAUCCUGAAGAGUGCAACCUGGUGGAAGGGGAGGACCACGUGGAGGUGAACGGGGAAGUGUUCCCUAAACCCUUCGUGGAGAAACCUGUGUGUGCCGAGGACCACAACGUGUACGUCUACUACCCAUCGUCUGCUGGGGGGGGCAGCCAGAGGCUCUUCAGAAAGAUCGGGAGUCGCAGCAGUGUGUAUUCUCCAGAAGCCAGCGUACGAAAGACCGGAUCCUACAUCUACGAGGAGUUCAUGCCCACAGAUGGAACUGACGUGAAGGUGUACACAGUGGGUCCAGACUACGCCCAUGCGGAGGCCCGGAAAUCUCCUGCUCUGGACGGAAAGGUGGAGAGGGACAGCGAGGGGAAGGAGAUCCGUUACCCUGUCAUGCUGACCGCCAUGGAGAAACUGGUGGCUCGCAAAGUCUGCCUGGCCUUCAAGCAAACAGUGUGCGGGUUCGACCUGCUCAGAGCCAACGGACACUCGUACGUCUGUGACGUUAACGGCUUCAGCUUCGUCAAAAACUCCAUGAAGUAUUACGACGACUGUGCCAAAGUCCUGGGGAACAUGGUGAUGAGGGAGUUAGCGCCUCAGUUCCACAUCCCCUGGUCCAUCCCCAUGGAGGCUGAAGACAUCCCCAUCGUCCCCACAACCUCAGGAACCAUGAUGGAGCUGCGUUGUGUCAUCGCCAUCAUCCGCCAUGGAGAUCGCACGCCAAAACAAAAGAUGAAAAUGGAGGUCAGACAUCCUCUAUUCUUUGAUUUGUUUGAGAAGCACGGAGGCUACAAGUCAGGAAAGCUAAAACUGAAGAAACCAAAGCAGCUCCAAGAAGUGCUGGAUAUCGCCCGCCUGCUGCUGGUUGAACUCGUCCAGCACAACGACUGUGAGAUCGAGGAGAAGAAAUCCAAACUGGAGCAACUCAAGACGGUCCUGGAGAUGUACGGUCAUUUCUCAGGUAUAAACAGGAAAGUCCAGCUGACCUACCUGCGUAACGGACAACCUAAAGCCUCCAGUGAAGAAGAAGACUCUAAGAAGGACGGCCCCUCUCUGCUGCUGGUGCUGAAGUGGGGGGGCGAGCUGACGCCUGCAGGCCGGGUUCAGGCUGAGGAGCUGGGCAGAGCUUUCCGCUGCAUGUACCCUGGAGGUCAAGGUGACUAUGCGGGGUUUCCAGGCUGCGGCCUCCUGCGCCUGCACAGCACGUACCGCCACGACCUGAAGAUCUACGCCUCUGACGAAGGCCGGGUGCAGAUGACCGCCGCUGCUUUCGCAAAGGGUCUCCUGGCUCUGGAAGGAGAGUUGACUCCCAUCCUGGUCCAGAUGGUGAAGAGCGCCAACAUGAACGGUCUGCUGGACAGCGACAGCGACUCUCUGACCGACUGCCAACAGAAAGUGAAGGCCCGACUGCACGAGAUCAUGCAGAGGAGCCAGGAGUUCACAGAGGACGACUAUCUGAAGUUGGCGCCGACUAGCAGCCCGUCGCUGGUGAACUCGAUGAAGAUCAUACAGAAUCCGGUCAAAACCUGUGACAAAGUGUACGCCCUCAUCCAGAGCCUCAACUCACAGAUCCGCAAAAGACUGGAGGACCCCAAGUCUGCAGACCUGCAGCUGUACCACAGUGAGACGCUGGAGCUGAUGCUGCAGCGCUGGUCCAAACUGGAGAGAGACUUCCGAAUGAAGAACGGCCGCUACGACAUCAGCAAGAUCCCCGACAUCUACGACUGCAUCAAAUACGACUCGCAGCACAACGCCUCGCUGGGACUGGAGGACACGCUGGAGCUGUUCAGGCUGUCCCGCGCCCUGGCAGACAUCGUCAUCCCUCAGGAGUACGGCAUCAGCAAAGCAGAGAAACUGGACAUCGCUCAGGCUUACUGUGUUCCUCUGAUGAAGAAGAUCCAGCUGGACCUGCAGAGGACGCACGAGGACGAGGCCGUGAACAAGCUGCACCCUCUGUAUUCUCGUGGCGUGAUGUCUCCGGGUCGUCACGUGCGCACACGCCUCUACUUCACCAGCGAGAGCCACGUGCACUCGCUGCUCAGUGUCUUCCGCUACGGAGGACUGUUGGAUUGCCAGGAUGAGACGGACCAGCAGUGGAAACAGGCCAUGGACUACCUGAGUGCCGUGACUGAACUCAACUACAUGACGCAGAUCGUCAUCAUGCUGUAUGAAGACAACAACAAGGACCCUUCCUCAGAGGAGCGUUUCCACGUUGAGAUUCACUUCAGUCCAGGAGUCAAAGGGUGUGAGGAUGAGGAGAACGUUCCUCUUGGCUUCGGUUUCCGACCAGCCUCCUCUGAGAACCAAGACAAGAAGCCCAAUCAGGGCAGUCUGGAGGAUCUGUCCCAGGAUCAGCUGGACCAGGCUCUUCCUCUCUCUGAUCCAAUCAACAUCCAGAGAAAGUCUCCUAUGAUCCGCAACCGCAAGACAGGCUCCAUGGAGGUCCUCUCUGAAACGUCUCCCAGCCAAUCCUCCAAAGGCAGCACGUCUCACCGACUCUUCCCUUCGUCCUGUUCGCGCCAGUCUCCUGAGAUCAAACCAGCCAGUGGCUUAGGCUCGCUCUGCUCCGGCCUCUUCAGCGCCUCGACCCUCGGGGUGUCCUGCAGCGCCCCCAACCUGCGGGACUACGUCCGCACGCACCACCUCCUCCACAGGAAGCCCCCCCUCUCCCCCGGCAGUCUGCCCAUCGGCGUGUUCGAGCUGUUCUCUAUGCCGCCAGUAAAGAGAUUUUCUGUGUCGUUUGCCAGGCAUCCGACUAAUGGGUUUGAAGGCUGCUCCAUGGUGCCCUCCAUCUAUCCUCUGGAGACGCUGCACAACUCGCUCUCUCUGAAGCAGGUGGACGAGUUCCUCAACACGGUGUGUGCGAGCAGCAGCGAGGCGCACGCCAAGACCAUGAGAGCGCUCUCCUGCCUGUUUGACUCUCAGAGCCAGACGUCUCUCUACAGCCCUCAGCCGGCACUCUCCUCCUCCGGGUCGGAGACGUCUCUGCGCCCGCCGAGCCAGCCGCUGUGGCAUGGCAGUAUCCCCUCCAGUGCUGUUUCCAGUGCUGUUUCCAGCGCCGGCCCCUCCUCCCCGAACACAGAGAGCCCGGGGGCCAACUUCGGCUUCAGUGAGUGAACUCUUUAAAAGAAAAGCACAAGGACUUCUGGGAAUUUAAGGACACAAUCUGAAGACCUCGGUUUCUACGUCACUGUGUGUUUUCAUACGUCUUUUCCCCCGUCCUGCUGCUUUGAAUUCACACCCACUGGAGGAGAAUCUGAAUAGUUUAAAAACACUCAAACAGUGCACGGACUCUUCAGAUGCACUCCUAGAAACUCUGGACUUUAAACUUUUUUGUAUUACCUCGAUCCUCCUCCCUUUGUCGACACACAUGAAACCAGCUCCAGCAGAGCAUCAAGCCAACUCUAUGACCAGCCGUGCCUUCAGUGUAAUUUGGAUGCUGCCGUCGCUGAAACAACAACAACAACACAUGUUUGUUUUUGUUUUUAAGCCCAAAUGCUGAUGGUGUAUUUUUCCAAAUCUCUCUCACACACCAGCUGCCUCACCUCUGACCUCAGACUACAGAAAUGCAUUUCAGACUCUGAGUCAAAGUGUCAGCAAUCACUCAUUUGCAUUUGAGAUUCAUGUUGUGCUGCAGCCAAUCACAGCCCACCCUUAAAAAAAAACAGCCUAUUUCUGAAAUUCAAGUGACAUUUUGUGUAAUUUUACUUUUAGCAGUUAGUUAAAUCUUAAAAGCAACAGUUUUAGAAAUGUUGGUUGUAAAAUAUAAUCACAUCUAUCUGUUACAUUUGAAGCCACAGCCCGUUAGCUUAGCACAAAGCUACUAGAACUACAACGCCUGUUAACACAUCAUAUCUCCUUUCAUUUGUACGGUAAGUGUAAAAACAACUAUUUUAGGAGCCAGACUAUUUCGUGGCUGGGUGCACUAUCGUUCAGGUUUAAGUGAAACACAUAGGAAAUAACUUUUUAAUUAUUGAGCUUUAAAGUUUUUUUAAGCGGAUUUUUCGUUACCAAAUGAAUGAAAUGGCCGCCUAAGAAUGGCCGCCUUGAAAAACAAAUCUGACACGUUAAUCAUUUCAGAGAUUAACACAAAUCAUAGUCAACAAUCUGGAUUAUAUCUAAAUGCUCUGUACCAUCAAGUUACCAUCUGAUUUUUUCGUUAAAUUCUUUCAAACUAAACAACAUUUGAGUUGUUUGUAUUGUGUAACUCGAGCCGCUGAAUCAAACCGCUGUUAAAUAGACACACAUUUCAUCUGUAAAUGUGCCUUAAAUUAAUGUUUUAAAGAUAUUUGUAGACACUGUUUAUUUACGGCUGUAUUUUUUUAUCUAAAAAUGACUUAUAGGAAAAUAUGUGGUGUAGCUUUAUUUGAGAUUUUAGGGAAAGAACCACUUCAAUAGUAUAAAAACUAUUAGUUAUUAUCUGCUGUCACACCAAAUGAAAUGUGUAUUACUAUUUGUUCAGGCUUUAAUGAGUGAUACUCUGGUAGAAACGUCAAUCAGCUUUAAACUUACAUUCAACUCAAAGAAAACGUGUAUUACUUUAAAUAACCUUUAUUGACGUAGUUCUCUGUGGGAUGUAUGUUCGAACAGUGCAAGCAUGUAUACAGACAUGUCUAAAUAUAUAUAUGACCCCCAAGUCCUGGAAACCUCUGCUGUUUAUUUUAGUUAUAGAUUUUAUUAGGAUUUUUUAAUUCCAGAUUGUUGCUGUAUGUAUUUUCCGUUGUGUACUUCUAUGAUUAUUUAAAGUGUUAUUUAAUGUCAGCCAAAGUUUAUCUGUUCGGCUGCUGGACAACAAAGUGGACUUUACUCUUUGUAAACAUGUUGAAUAAUUCUGUUGACCUUUAGAUGUUCGGGUCGGGUUGAACUGAUGGAAAGAGGAAGAGGAGGAUGUAAUAAAAAACACAUAAUUAAA